CCAAAUUGAAUUUCCCCUCUUCUUGCUUUUCCAAAAAUUUGCGCCCAUCAUGAGUGCUACGCACCAAUUUGGCUACAGCAAAUCGACUCGUGCUAAAUGCCAUGGCCCUUUGCCAUGCAAGGGCACCCCUAUAACAACUGGCACACUACGAUAUGGACAGACAGUAACCAAUGCGUAUGGAGAUACGGUAGAAUGGUGCCACUGGGGCUGCGUUACACCAGCCAUUCUUGGCCAACUUGCCUUAGAAAAUCUGGACAACAUUCAUGGAUUCCGAGAUUUAAGGCGGGCUAAAUUCUUUUCCCAGGGAUUCGCCCAAAUCAACUCUUUCUUCAGAUCGGAUGACCAGCACAAGAUUCGCAAGGCCGUAUUGGAAAGACGUGUCGAUCCGGUAGAUAUCCCUCCAUCUGCACAGACUGUAAAUUCUACCUCCAUGAAUACAUCCGCGACCAACAUUCCCAGUCAGAAGAAGAGGAAGGCUCUGCAAGAGGCGGCGUCUCAAUCUGCAUCGUCGUCUCAGCGGCCUUCUUUGUCGGCAUGCCCUCCAUCAUCAUCCCCUCCUGUGGUAGAAAUUCCGGCCGAAAAUGAAACGCCAGAAGACGAAGCCGCAGAUGAACUGUAUUCCACGAUGCGAACGAAUGUUGUCGGAUUACAGUAUUAUCCAGGUCUUGUUGGACCUGGUGAAGAAGUCAUUAUUCAGAGGGACUUGAACAAUGCCUAUGACGCAAACGCAGUAAGAGUGAUGAACAUAGGGAAGGUCCAGGUAGGUCAUAUUCCCAGGGGCUUAGCUGCGAAGCUGGCACCUCUUCUGGACCGUCACCUUAUCACUUGUGAAGGGGUGAUCCAUGACGGAAAUUUGAGUGGGUUUAGAGGGUAUACCCUGAAGAUGAGCCUCAAGAUUUACGGGCCUUCUAACAAGCGUGAUGCGCUUGAGCCACUUCUCAUAUGGUCAACCCCUGGCCAGCGCGGAUUUAGUUCCCGGAGGGGACAGGUACCGUUCAGUCAAGGCUCGGCCGCCCAAAUAACGGGGUCAUCUCGUGCUCCAGGCGCCAAACCCACCCAGACAGAAGCUGCCAGGAAGCAACAUGAAGCGCUGCAAAAGGCCGCUGAACUUCGCCAGAUUCUCAACAGUCUUGAGAAAGUUGAUGAUGAAGGACGUCGAAGCUCUCUUCUGGAUUCUGUCUGUUUCACCGAAGACAUAUUGAACUUACCGUUGCAUCCCGCUCCUCCUGGAAUCGAACGAGGGAACUUGGUAGUCGAUUUGAUGAAGCAUCAGUGCCAAGGAUUGCAAUGGUGCAUCGAGCGAGAGUACCCAGUACUUCCCAAGAAAGAAAUUGAUAAGCCUGUCCAGUUUUGGCAGUUAAGGAAGGACGGGAACAAAACUUAUUAUUAUAAUGUGGCCACAAAAACGCCUCAAACAAGCCCCCCCAUUCUCGGAAGAGGCGCACUCUUUGCAGAUGGUAUGGGCCUCGGAAAGACGCUGACUAUGAUUGCUCUGAUUCUGGCCACUAGAGACGACCAUCCAGCCCAUUUUUCAGGCAGCACUCUAAUCGUGGUCCCGCUCUCUGUACUUUCCAAUUGGGAAAAGCAGAUUCAAGAUCACUGUGCCCCUGGCACGCUGACAGUAUGCGUCUAUUAUGGCACAAAUCGGUCUAUGAGCCCACAGGAAAUGGCAGGGUAUGAUGUCAUUCUUACCACAUACCAAACUGUCACUUCGGAGCACAAUGGUACUUCCCCAAGCGAUGGUCCCAGCAAGAAGAAGAGAAAGAUAAGGAAAAUCCUUUUUGAAGUACAGUGGAAGAGGAUUAUUCUUGAUGAAGGUCAUAGCAUUCGCAAUCCCAAAACAAAGAUGGCAAAGGCUGUAUGUGGUCUCAGCGGAGACCGCAGAUGGGUGUUAACAGGCACACCUAUAAUUAAUUCACCCAGGGAUCUUGGCUCAAUUCUGACUUUCCUUCGAAUUUGUGGGCCGCUGGAUCAAGAAGACUUCUUCAAACGGCUGCUCCUUCGUCCUUUGAAGGAUGGCCAUCCAUCCGGAGGCGAACUACUACGGGCUUUGAUGGCCCACGUAUGCAUCAGACGCACGAAGGAGAUGCAGGACAAUACCGGAAAACCUCUCAUACCUCUUCCUUCGGUUGAGAUGACGCUAGUUCCUGUCACCCUUCAUGAUGACGCUAGAGAAUUGUACGAUGAGAUUGAGAGACUCUCGCAGCAACGUUUAGAAAGAUUUAUUGCUAGAGGAGAAGUUAACUCAAUGCAAUCGAAUGUUUUAAGCAUGCUCACCCGUAUGCGGCAGAUCGCUUUGCAUCCAGGUCUCGUUCCUUGUGGUUAUCUGGACCAACUAAGGUCUUUUGUUGACAGCGACGACUUGGGAUCUGACUCCGUUCCCCAAGUACAACUGAAGCCAAAGGAUAAAGCGAGAUUGCAAAGAUUGGUUCUGCAGGCGAUCGAAGAUUCCCAGGAAUGCCCUAUCUGUUUCGAUGUCCCUGACAAUAACAAUGCCCGAAUAACAAGCUGCACGCAUGUGUUCUGCCUUCAAUGCAUCACCGAAGUUCUAGCAAGGCAGGCCAAGUGUCCUAUGGAUCGCCGCACCCUUUCGUGGACUGACGUGAUUGAACCGCCAUGGCCUACUGAGUUUACGCAGUUACUAAGACCAGAAGACGAUGAAGAAGAAACCUUACAAGCUGGUCCCUCGGCAAAAAUUGAACAACUUAUACAUCUCCUCGCGCUUAUGCCUCAUUCUGAAAAGUCCUUGGUCUUUUCCCAGUUCACUUCAUUCUUAGACAAGGUCGCGGAGGCGUUGGAUAAGAAGAGCAUUGCGUACGAGCGCUUUGACGGCCGCAUGUCAGCCAAGAAGAGGCAGGAAGUGUUAGCACGGUUUUCUGUACCAGUCGUAGAUGCCUUCGUUCCGACUCAAAACGAUGCGUUGCCUCAAGGACGACGAAGGACGGGGCGGAUCGUCGUAGAGAAUUGCGAUGAAGAUGUUGUGGAUAACCAAGAUAGCGACUUUGUGCCGAUGUCGCAAGAUGACGUGGAUGACUUUAUUGUUUCUGACGAUGAUGCAACCCGCAAGAAAGAGGGUAAAGGUAAAGCCAAGACCAGAGUUUCUCUAGAUCGCGAGAUUCUGGGUGAAGAAGGAAAUCCUAAGGUCAUGCUGCUAUCACUGAAGGCGGGUGCCCUUGGCUUGAAUCUAACGGUUGCCAAUAAUGUCUUCCUUAUGGAUCCCUGGUGGCAGGAAGGAAUUGAGAGCCAAGCCAUUGACAGAGUGAAUCGCAUAGGGCAGAAGAAAAAUGUCCACGUCUAUCAGCUUAUCGCUGAAAACACUGUCGAGUCGAAAGUGCUUGAUAUACAAGAGAAGAAGAAAGCGUUGAUCAAACAAGCAUUCUCCGGUACCAAGAGGACGGAAACGCCCCUCCAAAGGAAGGAAGCUCGUUUACAAGAGAUAAUCGAACUUUUCGGUAUCAGGAACCAGCAGGCACACAUUUAGCAGCUUAUGAAAUUACUUUUCUCUACCUUGUGCUGAUAACAAACUUACUGUAUGAACAUAAGUAAUCAGGACUCUCAAUGCCUAACCACAACGUUGUCUUGACCUCAGUUACCGGUCGCAUAAAGCUCAUCCCCCCGCAUCCUUCAGAAGAUGAGGCGGUUGCCCAACUACGCACUCAUCCAGAAUUCCUGCGUUAUCUUCCCAUCUUCCCUCAGAGUGUUUCAGCCGAGGAAAUGGGCCAACGCCGGGAAGCGCGAUCACAGAAUCCCAGUAUCAGGGAUUUUCAUAUCCACGUCGCGGACUACAAAGGACAGUGGGAGUUCGGAGGGAUAACGGGUUAUUUCAAUUUGGAAACGGUGAAUAAAUCGUGCGAAAUCGGGGUCGCGGUAUGUCCUGCGUUAUAUGGAACAAGCAUCGCAACGGAUGU